AUUUUAGUUUAAAAACGUUUAUCAAGAGCUGAGGUUCAUUGAUUGCAAAUCCCAAAACGCGGUUGUUAGAAAUUGGUCGAAACAAAAAGUGUUUAAUAAAUAAAAGAAAUAACUGUUAAAUAAACAAUAAACCAACAAAAUGUCCAAUAAAAGUUUCUAUGCCUUCACCGUGGCCAGUGUUGUGUGUCUGGCGUUGUUUGCAAUAACUCUUGCCCAAGAAAAACCAGUGACAGAUAUUUGUUUGGGCUGCAUCUGUGAGGCCUCAUCUGGUUGUAAUCAAACGAACUAUUGUGCCGGCGGUGUUUGUGGUUUGUUCCGCAUUACAUGGGCCUAUUGGGCUGAUGGCGGCAAACUUACAAUUAAUGGCGAACCUGCUGAAUCGGAAACUGCUUAUGCCAACUGUGUAAAUGAUCCCUACUGUGCCGCCAAUACCAUCCAAAACUAUAUGCUCAAAUACGGCCAGGAUUGCAACAAGGACGGUGCUGUCAACUGUUUCGAUUAUGCUGCCAUCCAUAAGCUGGGCGGUUAUGGCUGCGGUGGUGAUUUACCCCACAAAUACGCCACUGAUUUGGAACUUUGUUUGAAGUCUUAUGGUGCCAACUGAAAGUGAUAUUUAGAGUUUAAUGAGCAAACUUCGCCAUUCAUUUUUUAUUAAUAUAUAUUUUAAGUUUUAUUUUUUAUAUCGAACAUAAUUUAAUAAAUCAGUAAACUUAUGCCUAAAACAUCGGAA